UCACUGCCUACGUGGUAAUUUUACACACCCAUCCUUAUAUAUAGAUCUCAUGCAUGCAAGCUCACUCGACCGAGCUAGUUAUCAACGUGCGAGUUGCGACGUACGAGGUUCGACGACGACCCGCGUAGCCAGCUAGCUCUAGCUGCCGGCCAUGUCGUCGUCGUCUUCGGCGACGACGACGAAGUAUAGGGGAGUGCGGCUGCGCAAGUGGGGGAAGUGGGUGUCGGAGAUCCGGCUGCCCAACAGCCGCGAGAGGAUAUGGCUGGGAUCCUACGACACGCCCGAGGAGGCGGCGCGGGCGUUCGACGCCGCGUUCGUCUGCCUCCGCGGCGGCGGCGAGGCCGCCGGGAACGGGAUCAACUUCCCCGGCUCGCCCCCUGCCGUGGCGCGCACCAGCGACCCGCAGGAGGUGUACGCGGCCGCGGUGUCGCAUGCCAACAACCGGCCGCCGCCGCCGCCGUCGGCCCGAGCAACGUCGUCUGCACUUCCAUGGGAGGAAGCUCCGGUGGUGGCGGCUCAGGAGGCGGCGGCGGACAUGGCGCCCGACGUGGUGGUGCUGCCAUCGUCGCCGGUGAAUGUGCUGGCAGCAGCUGGGAGCUUCGAAUAUUGGUCGCAACAACCACUCUACUCGCCGACGGCAGCAAGCCUCGAUUUGCAGAGGUGGAUGACGGCGGCGGCGGCGGCCGAGGAAUCAAUAAUGGAGGAUGACGACGACGAAGGAACAAGUGAUGGUCUUUGGAGUUUCCACUACUCACCGACUCGUUCCAAGUGGUAAUUAACGAGCUUAAUUAGGAUGCUCGUGUGAUCUGGCGUCCAACUGAGGAGCUUAAUUAAUUUUGCACAAUAUAUGCCACGCAUCUUGUAACGUAGGAAAUGCACAUUGUUUAGGAUAUAUCUUUUUCGUACAAAAAUGAACUUUCAAAACUGUGUUUAUACAUUUAAAAUUGAUACAUAAAAAUGCUGGCUGUAUGUAGAUUUAUCUUCUAAAUUAAUCUAAUUCCAUGUAAUUUUUUUUCUAAAAUGUUUUUCAUGAGGUAAUGCAGCUACUGAGGUCCCGUUCGUUUCUUAUGUAACACGUGGAUGAAAAUUUAGAUUUUUGUGGGCUGUACACGGUGGCGGUUGUGGCGUUCACAAGCCUGCACAUGGCGGGGUUCGGGUGGUGGUGUGGCCCGGUAGAGGAGGACGAAUAAGAAAGAAGAUUGCUGUUUCACUUACAAAUGGAUCCCAUGUGUCUUUUUAAUUUUUUUCUAUUUGUGUUUAUUGUGCCACGUUAUCUAGAACCGUCUUCAAUAUUGUCUUAGGACUAGAAAAAAUAUCCGUGCGUUGCAACGGGAAGAAAAGAUGAGAAAAUUAAGGAGAAAUUGAGAAAGAUUUACAUUAUGUAAUUAACUUAAAUACAAAUUUCCUGUAAUAGUUGAUAUUUUUUUAAGUAGGUAGGUGUUUAAAUUAAUUUAAAAGUAAACUAAGUGUGGAAAUAAAAUGAUAUGGCUGGAUUUAAUUUUUAUGAAGUUCUCCAUGAUU